AUGGCGGUGUAUCAGUGGACAAGACAAGAAAAGUUCAAGCGCGGUGUUUGGGCUGUUGCCUUUGCGGCAUGCAUUUUUGCUGGCACCAUCACGGGUGCACAACUAAAAACAGACAACGAGAAGAAAGAGGCAAUUCAAGAGUUUCGGGCGACAUCCCCCAACGAACAAAUAGCUGCUCUCCUAUCCCAGCGAAAAACUUUAUUAUCACAAAAGGCUGUACUCCAAAGGAAAAUGGAUGACUUCGAAGUGCGUGUCAAGGAACGCGAGGCCGAGAAGGCAAGAGAAAAGGAAGGCCCAUGA